CAGACUAAUUUUUUUGCCUUUUGUAACAAUCUCAAUAAGGAAAAGGCAUUAUGAUGCUCAUCUUACUCCCUCUCUUUACUCUCCCUCUCUCUCCCUCACACUCCCCCCUCCUUAUCCUGCACCAGCUCAUUUGUCUUUCUCUGCUCAUACAAUCAAGCCUCUCGCUCUCCUUCUCCAGUCCAGUCUGCACUACUAAAAGUACAUUUAAUACUUUAUUUGGUAAGAAAUUCACUCCCCUGAAACUUUUUUUUGUGAGUGACAGAGAAUAUUGUACUUUCUUGCUGUAAUUCGGCGAUGAAGACUUAUUUCCCCCCUGCACAACAGUACUAUUUUGUCGGUUGAUUGGUGAGGUUAAGCUCUCUGGCGGCGGAUGGGAGCGGCUCCAAAUGUGCGUCUGAAAAGGCACAUGGGGUUUGAAAUCUCUCCAAACUCUGGCUGGGAGAUCAAGGAAGAUAAAAUAAAAAGAGGCGAGUAACGGGAGGUGUAUGUUGCCUCUCGCUGUAGUUUCCGUGCCACUACCAUGAGUUGGAGUUUCCUGACUCGCCUGCUGGAAGAAAUCCACAACCACUCCACGUUUGUGGGCAAGAUCUGGCUCACCGUCCUCAUAGUUUUCCGCAUUGUGCUGACAGCCGUGGGUGGGGAGUCCAUCUACUAUGAUGAGCAGAGCAAGUUUGUCUGCAAUACGGGUCAGCCGGGCUGCGAGAACGUCUGCUAUGACGCCUUCGCUCCUCUGUCCCACGUCCGCUUCUGGGUCUUCCAGAUCAUCCUGGUGGCCACGCCUUCGCUCAUGUACCUGGGCUACGCUGUCAACAAGAUCGCACGGGCAGAGGAGCGGGCAGACAGCGGGGGAGCAGGUGGUGGAUUUUCACGGAGGAAACCUAAGAAGCACUACCUUGCAGCCAGAAAGCAGCACAGGGGCAUUGAAGAGGCAGAGGAUGACCAAGAAGAGGACCCAAUGAUAUAUGAAGUGGCAGAGGUGGAGAGCGAUGGUGGUAGAGCAGUGAAAAGAGGAAGCAAUGAUGGUCAAGCAAAGGUCAAGGCACGACAUGAUGGGCGCCAGCGUAUCAAAGAAGAUGGACUGAUGCGCAUUUAUGUGCUGCAGCUCUUGGCCCGCUCCUCACUGGAGGUGGCUUUCUUGUGUGGGCAGUAUGCUCUGUAUGGAUUCUCAGUACCCCCCACCUACGUGUGCUCAGACCUGCCCUGCCCUCAUAGCGUGGAUUGCUUUGUGUCUCGACCCACGGAGAAAACUAUCUUCCUCCUCAUCAUGUAUGCUGUCUCCCUGCUCUGUCUGGCACUCAAUAUAUGGGAGAUGCUUCACUUGGGCAUAGGUACCAUCUAUGAGAUUGUACAGUCCCGCCAUGAGCGGCUUUCCGAUGAUGAGCUGUAUGGACUGACACAGGGACAAGGAGCUCUUAAAGAAGUAGGAUUGAGCGGAGAGGAUUACAGCAGCUACCCUUAUUCUUGGAAUGCACCAUCAGCUCCACCGGGGUACAACAUCGCCAUUAAACCUCUACUGGUAUCUACAGGGAAUCACGACAAACCGCUGCCCAUCACAGAUCUCGCUAAUGCUAAGAUGGCGUGCCGGCAGAACCACGUCAACAUUGCCCAAGAGGAGCGUCAGCAGUACACCAAUAAUGAAGACGACCUGGGCAGAGCAGGGAUGGGAGAUGCCCCCAGAAAUGUUCAGAAGGAUGUUCGUCAGCCUCAGAACAUGCUGGAGGCUGACAAUCAGGGCUACAGCCAGCUUCAGAGCCACAGUAAUAGCCACAGCAAGCCUCACCGUGAACGCAAACACCGGCAGGCCUACAAACACGCCUCCAGCAAGACAGAUGCAGACAGAGGCAGCACCAGUAGCAGCAGCAAAUACGGAGUGAUGAAGGGCUCUGAGUGGAUCUGAGGUACAGACUGUGACUUCUUGUUAACAGUACGAAACCUCCUCAGACCUCCGCAGUAUUUACAUCUGUAUGUCCUGUGUUAAAGUUUUUAAAUAACAACAGGGCUGCCACUUUUCAUUACAAUUACCAUACAUAUUCAAAAAUGUCUGUUUUAUUAUUAUUAUUUUAAAAAAUGUUAACUCCAAUAUUUCAAAAAGACAGUCAGCCUAGAGGGAACCUCAACAACACCAUCAAAAUGUUCCUGGUCUUGUUUUAAUGAGUAUCAGCAUUAUGCUUUACAGUUUUCCUUCAGUUUCAGUGUUCACUAUUUCACCAACUCAAAGUAAAAUUGUGUUUAAUGGCUUUUGCUACAGGGUGUCAGUGCUGUCUUUUAUUCAGUGUGGAUAUGCAUAGGCCUCCAUGCUGCAACCUAAGGUGCCUUAUUUGAAGUCAAGGAGCUCCUUCAUACUGAUUCUGUAUCACUUUGUGUUUCGACAAGAUGUUGUUACAAUGGACAGAAAACAGAAGCGAGGUCCCGCUGUCUAUGGGACUAGUUUCGUUACCACCCAGGAGUUAAAACUUGGGGGAAAAAAAUGAUUGUUUCUGAAUAUGCAAAAUGCUGUUUUUAUUUUCACCAAACCAGGUUUAAUGGCAAUUAUAAAGAAAAAAAUGAGAGCUCGUUUUCAGUUGGUAAUUUCACAGAGAGAAAAACAAGUAAAUGCUGUGAUAGAUUUUGAAAUAUAUCAGUCAAUGGAUGUUUGACAAAGUUUAAUGACCCAAUUCUGUUGUUAAGACUCUUGUCACUGUCUUGUUAUCUAGCUGUCACAAUUUUCAACACUUGAUGUUUGUUUAUGCUAUGAAGGUUUUCUCAACCAUUAGUCAGUUAGUUUGUGCAUCUGGCCUGUUGUUUUUUGUUCUAGACCUGUUAUGGAGAAUUUCUUGUCACUGAUACAUACUUUUAUUUUCAGAUUUUCAAAUUGAAAUGCCAUAAAGGCUACCAAUUAACUCUAUGCCAGUGUUUUAUUUUGUUAAAAAAAUAUUUUUAUGAACAGAAAGUGCAUGUUUUGAA